AUGGCUAAUUCCGCUUUCGGCGAUGCGUAUUUCCAAGAAUCACACGACAAUGGUAUAGAGGCACUCAAAGGUUACAAGAGUGUACUCGAAUGCAAAGGCAAGGAGGACUCACUGGUCAAUUUCAUGCGGUGGGAGCCGAGGCACAAGAAGUUCCGGUGCUGUCACCCAUGGGACCAGUACCUCCUACCUCGUCUCGGACGUGCAGACGCCAUUGGAGCUCUGGAUGAAGAUCCGAGACUUAUGCACAGAUAUCAGCUUCGAGUGCGGCUUAGCCGUAAAGGAGGUCGCGGCCGGGCUUCGGACGAUGAAGUCGUCCUUGUACAGCGAGAGGACGCGAAGGCUGCAGCCGAGACGCUCAAGGGCAUACUAAAGACCGGGUUUUGGCACCACGAUGAGUUCCUGGGCACACUCCCAGCUGUGGCGGUGGCGUCGCUGCUGAUCGACACUGUGGCGUGCGUGGUGAAGAUCAUAGACUCUGUGGAGGUGCUGUCGACAGAGGCCAAGUUCGAGAAGCCCGACCCGGCGUUUUUCACUCUAGCUUCAACAAAUUCUGAUUCAGAAAUAUCAAAACUGGACUUUUUCAUAAUAUGA